AUGGGCACACCGCGGGCUCCCGAGGGCGAGAGCGAGAGCGAAGUUGACUUGUUCAAGAGAGUGUCGCAAACUUUCCGUCAAAUGGCAGAAAUCGUUCGAAACAUCGACAUGCACGAAGAGGAAAGGAUAUUCUAUAGCCACCUGGCGCUCCACUGUAUGAGAUUCGAAGUAUGCAUAGAGCGCGCUUACCAAGUCUCGUCUCGAUUUAAUGGAGAUGAAAUCGAUCGCGCUCUAUCCUAUCUCUACUCGCUGAUUUCUGGACCUGGCUUCCACGAACUUCCAUAUUACACCUCCUUCAAAUCUCGACUUCAGGAUCUUAAUGCUUCUUGGAGUAAAACCAGGAAACAAAGCCACAAUGCGCAAGUCGAUUUUGUUACACAAUGGAUGAAGCUCGGAUCACCCGAGGACCAUCUUAAUGGAAUAGAUGAAGGAUUGGGGGAUUGCGCAGAUAUAUUAGAGAAACACCAGAAACAGCAGCAGCAGCAACGACAACAACAGCAGCAACAACCAGAAAAUGUUUUGAAAAAACACUCACAUGAUGUCUUAUCCGCCGGCAAUUAUGAGCCAUCAUAUGUUGUAUGGAAAGCAGCCCAAGCUCUAUAUGAAGCGCUACAAAAAUGCAAGGGCUGUUCUUGCUCCAAACAGCACGAAUUUGGAGCCAAACUUGAACUAGGGACUUAUCGCAAGCCCGUAAAAAAGGGAGAAAAGAGUCUAAAUACUAGGCCUCGCCCAAGCCUUAUGCGCUGCAGAGAUGGUGACGCAACUAGGAUACUGGAUUUCGAAAUGUUUCUGUCCAUGGAGCAUAAAUGGCACGAGGUUCGUGUCCAAACUGUGAAAGAGAGGGUCGUCGGGUUCGCCAUGGAUGACCACGCUCCAGCAUCUCUUGAAGCCCAUAAAGGAAAGGUCGUGGAGAAUCUUUGCAAAUCGAUUGAUAGCACAAAGUCAACGGCAUGGCAGCGCCUCGUAUUAAAGCUCAGAGAAGGCCAGCUCUUCAAUGAAAGAGUUGAAAAGACCAAUUUCUGGAUUGACAAAUCUACUGAACCCAUUUCUCUGCUGAAAUGUUUUGAAGAGAGGCGCGAGUUUUUCACAGAGAAGACCAAGCGCAUAUUAUCCCUCAUCAUAGGAUAUGCGGUUCUUCACCUGAAUAGAACAUCUUGGCUUCAGCCGGGUUGGGGGUCAGCAAAUAUUAAGUUCUUUCAGACAACUACUCGGAAGACGCCUUUGAGGCCAUUCAUCCAAGUUGAUCUACCCGAAGCUGAUGCGACUACAGAUGUUGAGCUCGGCAGCGAUGACAAAGGUGACGCAUGCUUUGAAGACCUCGAUGCGGGACAUCCAUGUCCAGCACUGAUUGCCUUGGCAAUUGUUUUAAUAGAGGUCUACUUUGCGAAGCCAUUUUCCAAGCUGGCUCAGAUGAGCGGUAUCCCACUUGAGAGUUCCAGUGGGCACAUAACACUAGUAGACGUUUAUCAGGUCUUCAACGGUGAAGAUGAAAACGAGAUUGAAGGGUGGCGAUCUCAUAUCCCGGAAGACUCUCCUCUUCUCAAGGCGAUAGACAAUUGCUUGGAUACAGCGAAGUGGGAAGAUGAAGAAGGCGAUGCUCUUGAUAACGAAACAAUGAAAUUUCGGAUCUACCAAGACGUUGUUCGGCCGUUGGAGCUUCACUUAAAAUCUGGCUUCAGCAGUAUCCCUCUAGACAACGUGGAUGACUAUGCAAGACAGCUCGACUUUGGGCAGUGGGGUCAGAUUAUAAAUUAUCAUGAGUCACAGACAAUUACUUCUACUCUGCCCCAAGAGCCGCUUAUACAUCAACGAAGCCCUUCACCCGCUGUUAUGCUACUCGAUUCGGGCCAAUUGGCAGUACAAUUGGGUCCACCGGCGUUGCAGAAACUUUUACAUCAAAUCUCAAUGGUCAACUCUUUCGCUUCGUCUUCACCCUCUUUGAAGAGUCUGGGUUCUUUCUCAAGCUACGAGCCUAAUUAUCGAGCGUCUCAGUUUUUUGACGACGAAAUCGGCGAUGGAGGAUAUUCCAACGCAAAGACAAAGGACUACAUAAAAUGGAGAUCCGAGUACGAAAACGUCUAUACCAAGUGUAUCAGAGAGCACCUUUCAGAUCCUCCCUUAAGACCUGUGAAGAUUGCCAUUCUAGAUACGGGCAUAGAUCGUGACCAUGAUGCCUUCGAAGCUCGUGAGGAAAAUAUUCAAGCAAAACUCAACUUCUAUAAUAAAAGCCAAAGGUCUAUUCCCGAUUUGAACGGGCAUGGCACUUUUACUGCCAGUCUGUUACUCGAUUUCGCCCCAGAUGCGGAACUCUACAUUGCCAAGAUUGCAGACAAAGAGAACGCAACACCAAAUGCAAAGAUUGUGGUGGAUGCAAUCAACCACGCAAUUGACGACUGGAAUGUAGAUAUCAUCUCUCUAUCGUUUGGGUGGCCUUCUACAAAUUUUGAAGGCUAUGAAGAACUUGAAGAUGCCAUAGAUAGGGCACACGGGAAGAAAAUCCUGAUUUUUGCCGCCGCUUCUAACAGUGGUGGCAAGCUUGGUCGAGCAUACCCUGCGAGCAGUUCACAGGUUAUAUGUGUCCAUUCAACUGAUACCUUGGGAACUCCAUCAGGCUUUAGCCCAACUGCAGAGCCUGACAAUCUCAAUUUUGCAACAGUUGGCGAGUCGAUCGAAUCGGCAUGGCCAAUGCUGCUUUGUAACGACACGACAACUCCACCAAGAGAGAGCUGCAUCAGCUCUCAAAAGAAAGGAAAAGAUGGAGGCUUUACUGAAAAGAUGCGCCAAGCGAGGGCCUAA